GUUCGCCCCCGGCGGAGUUGUUUUUGCGAAAGCCGGUCGCCGUGCCGAGAGCGCUCAAGGUCUGAACUUCCCUCCGGAGCCGCAGUUGGAGGCGUGCGGCGCGGAGGCCACCAGCGGGCGAGGGCGCCCGAGGGGAGCGCACUGUGUCCGGGACCCGGGACCCAGGGCGGCCGCGGCGCCGGGACCCUCGGGAGCACCAGGUACCCCUGACCCGGCCGGGGAGGUUCUGAGAGCUCGGCAACAUGGCUUCCCCGCCCCACCAGCAGCUGCUGCAUCACCACAGCACCGAGGUGAGCUGCGACUCGAGCGGAGACAGCAAUAGCGUGAGGGUCAAGAUCAAUCCCAAGCAGCUGUCCUCCAACAGCCACCCCAAGCACUGCAAGUACAGCAUUUCAUCCAGCUGCAGCAGCUCCGGGGACUCCGGGGGCCUUCCCCGGCGAGUGGGUGGCGGGGGCCGCCUGCGCAGGCAGAAGAAGCUGCCCCAGCUGUUCGAGAGGGCCUCCAGCCGGUGGUGGAACCCCAAGUUCGACUCGGUGAACCUGGAGGAGGCCUGCCUGGAGCGCUGCUUCCCACAGACCCAGCGCCGCUUCCGGUACGCGCUCUUCUAUGUUGGCUUCGCCUGCCUUCUCUGGAGCAUCUAUUUCGCUGUCCACAUGAGAUCCAAACUGUUCGUCAUGGUGGCCCCCACUCUGUGCUUCUUGGUGGUGUGCGUGGGCUUUUUUCUGUUUACCUUCACCAAACUGUACACCCAACAUUACGCGUGGACCUCGCUGGCUCUCACCCUGCUGGUAUUUGCCCUGACCCUGGCUGCCCAGUUUCAGGUUUUGACACCCCUCUCAGGACGCGUAGACAGCUACAAUCAUACUCCUGCAACCAAGCCCACAGACACCUGCCUAUCCCAAGUGGGGAGCUUUUCAAUGUGCGUGGAAGUGCUCCUUUUACUCUACACCGUCAUGCACUUACCUUUGUACUUGAGCUUGUUUUUGGGGGUGGCCUAUUCAGUCCUUUUUGAGACAUUUGGCUAUCACUUCCGAGAUGAAGACUGCUUCCCCUCCCCCGCAGCCCAGGCCCUGCACUGGGAGCUACUGAGCCGAGCUCUGCUCCACGUCUGCAUCCAUGCCAUUGGGAUCCACCUGUUUGUCAUGUCUCAGGUGAGGUCUAGGAGCACCUUCCUCAAGGUAGGACAAUCCAUCAUGCACGGAAAAGAUCUGGAAGUAGAAAAGGCCCUCAAAGAGAGGAUGAUUCAUUCUGUGAUGCCAAGAAUCAUAGCCGAUGACUUAAUGAAACAGGGGGAUGAGGAAAGUGAGAAUUCCAUCAAGAGGCAUGCUACCUCUAGCCCCAAGAACAGGAAGAAAAAGUUCUCCAUACAGAAAGCUCCUAUAGCAUUCCGCCCUUUUAAAAUGCAGCAGAUUGAAGAAGUUAGUAUUUUAUUUGCAGAUAUUGUAGGCUUCACCAAGAUGAGUGCCAACAAGUCUGCUCAUGCCUUGGUGGGGCUCCUCAAUGACCUGUUUGGUCGCUUUGACCGACUGUGUGAGGAGACCAAGUGUGAGAAGAUCAGUACUCUGGGAGACUGUUACUAUUGUGUGGCAGGGUGUCCAGAGCCUCGGGCAGACCAUGCCUACUGUUGUAUUGAAAUGGGCCUAGGCAUGAUAAAAGCUAUUGAGCAGUUCUGCCAGGAGAAGAAGGAAAUGGUGAACAUGCGCGUUGGGGUUCACACAGGGACUGUCUUGUGUGGUAUCUUGGGCAUGAGAAGGUUCAAGUUUGAUGUGUGGUCCAAUGAUGUGAACUUGGCCAAUCUCAUGGAGCAGCUGGGAGUGGCUGGCAAAGUUCACAUUUCUGAGGCCACUGCAAAAUACUUAGAUGACCGGUACGAAAUGGAAGAUGGGAAAGUUAUUGAACGCCUUGGCCAGAGUGUGGUUGCUGACCAGUUGAAAGGUUUGAAGACAUACCUGAUAUCGGGUCAGAGAGCCAAGGAGUCUCACUGCAGCUGUGCAGAGGCCUUGCUUUCUGGCUUUGAGGUCCUUGACGGCUCACGGGUGUCCUCAGGCCCUAGGGGACAGGGGACAGCAUCGUCAGGGAGUGUCAGUGACUUGGCGCAGACUGUCAAAACCUUUGAUAACCUUAAGACCUGUCCGUCAUGUGGAAUUACAUUUGUUCCCAAAUCUGAAGCUGGUGCGGAAGGAGCAGCUGUGCAAAAUGGCUGUCAAGACGAGCCUAAGACCAGCACCAAGGCUGCCGGAGGACCGAAUUCCAAAGCCCAGAAUGGACUUCUGAGCCCUCCCCAAGAAGAGAAGCUCACCAACAGCCAGACCUCCCUGUGCGAGAUCCUUCAGGAGAAGGGCAGGUGGGCGGGCGUGAGCCUCGACCAGUCAGCCCUCCUCCCACUGAGGUUCAAGAACAUCCGUGAGAAGACAGACGCGCAUUUUGUGGACGUUAUCAAAGAAGACAGCCUGAUGAAGGAUUAUUUUUUCAAGCCACCCAUUAACCAGUUCAGCCUCAACUUCCUGGAUGCGGAGCUGGAGCGCUGCUACAGGACCAGCUAUCAGGAGGAGGUCAUAAAGAAUUCUCCUGUGAAGACUUUUGCCAGUGCUACCUUCAGCUCCCUCCUGGAUGUGUUUCUGUCCACAACAGUGUUCCUGAUCCUCUCGGUCACCUGCUUCCUCAAGUAUGGGGCUGCUGCCACGCCUCCUCCACCCGCUGCUCUGGCCGUCUUCAGUGGGGCCCUGCUGCUGGAGGUGCUGUCCCUUGUGGUCUCCGUCAGGAUGGUGUUCUUCCUGGAGGAUGUCAUGGCAUGCACAAAGCACCUGCUGGAGUGGAUUGCUGGCUGGCUCCCUCGCCACUGCAUUGGGGCUGUCCUGGUGUCCCUGCCUGCCCUUGCUGUCUACUCGCACAUCACCUCUGAAUUUGAGACAAAUAUACACUUCACUGUGUCCACCAGCUCGGCAGUGCUGGUGGCCGUUGUGCACUACUGUAACUUCUGCCAGCUCAGCUCCUGGAUGAGGUCCUCCCUUGCUACCAUCGUGGGGGCUGGGCCACUGCUCCUGCUCUACAUCUCCCUGUGUCCAGACAGUUCCAUAGUAAUUUCACCCCUGGAUGCAGCACAGAAUUUCAGUGCCAAGAGGAGCCCAUGCAACAGCUCGCUGCCACAGGACAGCAGCGAGCCAGCCAGCCUCGUGGGCAAGGAGCUCAUUCUUGCCUUCUUCCUCCUGCUCCUGCUGGUCUGGUUCCUGAACCGAGAGUUCGAGGUCAGCUACCGCCUGCACUACCAUGGGGAUGUGGAGGCAGAUCUCCACCGCACCAAGAUCCAGAGCAUGAGGGACCAGGCCGACUGGCUGCUGAGGAACAUCAUCCCCUACCACGUGGCAGAGCAGCUGAAGGUUUCCCAGACCUACUCCAAGAACCACGACAGCGGAGGAGUGAUCUUUGCCAGCAUCGUCAACUUCAGCGAGUUCUAUGAGGAGAACUACGAAGGGGGCAAGGAGUGCUACCGCGUCCUCAAUGAGCUCAUCGGGGACUUCGAUGAGCUCCUGAGCAAGGCGGACUACAGCAGCAUUGAGAAGAUCAAGACCAUUGGGGCCACAUACAUGGCUGCGUCGGGGCUGAACACUGCCCAGUGCCAGGAGGGCGGCCACCCACAGGAGCACUUGCGGAUCCUUUUCGAGUUCGCCAAGGAGAUGAUGCGUGUGGUAGACGACUUCAACAAUAACAUGCUCUGGUUCAACUUCAAGCUCAGGGUCGGCUUUAACCAUGGGCCCCUCACGGCGGGUGUCAUCGGUACCACCAAGUUGCUAUAUGACAUCUGGGGGGACACUGUCAACAUUGCCAGCAGGAUGGACACCACUGGGGUGGAGUGCCGCAUCCAGGUGAGCGAAGAGAGUUACCGCGUGCUGAGCAAAAUGGGCUACGACUUCGACUACCGGGGGACGGUGAAUGUCAAGGGCAAAGGGCAGAUGAAGACCUACCUUUACCCAAAGUGCACGGACAAUGGGGUGGUACCCCAGCACCAGCUGUCCAUUUCCCCGGACAUCCGUGUCCAGGUGGAUGGCAGCAUCGGGCGAUCUCCCACGGACGAGAUCGCCAACCUGGUGCCUUCUGUCCAGUACUCAGACAAGACAUCCUUGGGCUCUGAUGACAACGCACAGGCUAAAGACCUGCACCUGUCUUCUAAAAGACCCUGGAAAGAGCCCAUCAAGGCCGAAGAAAGGUGUCACUUUGGCAAAGCCAUAGAGAAGGAGGACUGUGAAGAUGUGGGAGCGGAAGAAGCCAACGAGCUCACCAAGCUCAACGUCUCCAAGAGUGUGUGAGGCAGCGCCCAGAGCUGCCCGAGGUGCUCUGUUCGUCGAAACACAAUAAUAUUUGUAUUUGGCUGUGGCACUUUCUAAGCGCCACAGUUCCUGUCCCGGAUGUGGUGUUAUGUGGUCAUUUCAGCCCUAAUUCUGUGUGGAUCACAGUUAUUCAGGGUUCGUUUCCAUCCAUUUCUUCUUUCCUUUGCUCCCUUCCUUGGAAAUCGCCCCCCUUGGGGAUGAUCCGUUCAGCUGCUGAAGGAGAACAAGUGCCUUCAGGGUGGGCUCGCCUCCAGGCCAGGACGGCGGCCAGUGGGGUUGUGGUUCUGGGUACUGUUUGACUUUUGAAACAGAAGCUGUGGUUAGAUCUCAUUUUUAUUGCCUUUUCUCACAAGACACUUUUUGUUGUUGUUGGCUCAUACAGUGUUUCCAAGUUUAUUUUUUUCUGUAUACGUGAUAGUGUUUCCCAGUCACCUGGCCUUUCUCAGUAAGCACACACACGCACACACAUUUGCAUCUAUGAAUCUGGUAUAAAGUGCCAGUUAUUCGCUGGGAUGGGGUAGAGAGGGGAGCAUGGGCUGAAAAAGCCCAGAAGCCCCUCCUGCCUUGCUCUCCCAAGCACCUGGGCCCUCCCGCGCAUGGGCCAUGGGUGGACCGCUCCCCACAUCAAGUGAUUUCAGGGUUCACCCGCAUGCAGGCCAAGAUUUCAAAUGCUCACCAGGCACAAAGCUUGUAAACCCAGGCCUCAGGUAUCUCAAAGCCCUUCUUCACCCUGACCCUCCACCGAGGGGGUCUUCCAGUGGAAGUGAAGGUGUUUGUCUUAGAAGCUGACUCGUAAGAGGGGGAAGCUCAAAAUAAAUGUCUGAGGGUUGCAGUUA